AUGUCGUCCCAACAGCAGCAACAGCAGCAGCAGCAGCAGCAGCAGUCGAGCUCAUCAUUCUUCGACUUCACCCCCCAAUACCCACAGGAAGACUUCACGAGUGCCCCAACCACACCCAACCUCACCGCCGAACGCGUAGAGGGCAUAGGCGGCGGCGGCGGCGGAGGUGGUAAUAAUAACAGCGGGAGUGCUGGCUCCCUCAACGGAGCCGGGGGAGGCGGCGAGUCCCCGGCCCAGAGAUAUAAUAAUCCAAACCAGCACUCGGAGCGACUGAUCGAUGUAGACAGCCCAGAAAACUCACCUGUAAAGUCAUACUCGCAGCCCAUUCCCAUCCAGCAGCAGCAGCAGUCGUCCGCUGCGGCUUCGCCCUCUGCAAGGUCGUUGUCGUUUACUCAACCACCUGAUAUAAAUAAUAAUUCAAGCCCGAGCCACCACUUCACAAAGCCUGUUCUCCCACCGCCGCCCCCACAGCAGCAGCAGAAUAGUAGUAGCAGUAAUAACCAGCAAGCCCAAUCAUCGCCCGUCCACAGCGGCUAUUCCCACCCCAGCACAGCGCAGCGAACAACCUCCUACGGCAGCACCAGCAGCCAGCAACAGCAAGACCCCACCAAGCACUCCUCCACCCAGCCCCAAUCCCAGAACCAAAACCAAGCACACUCGCCCGUCCACACAUUCAGCAAGCCCACCCCGCCCUCACACUCCAGCCCCGUGCAGCCGCCAUACCCAACCCACCACACCAGCACCCACUUCCCCAUGCCCCCCACGCCCGUGGCAGCACCAAAUCAGACCCCCGCCUUCAACCAGGGCUAUCCCCCGCCCGCAAGCGUCACAAGUAACUCCUCGCAGCCACCACUAUACAGCAACCACCGCGAGGCCCAGCCCGCACAGCACGCCGGAUGGCCAGACCAGCCGCCGGCAGACAUGAGCAUGCGCAGCUUACAAGAGGGGUCGGUGAUUGAACGCGGUGCCGCCGCGGCCGCCACAAAUAGAAGGAACCCCAGCGCUAGCAGAGGCACCGGCGGACAGGGUGGUAGUGGUGGCGGUGAUGCGGGGGUUAUCCAGCGGCCUACACCGCCGCAGCAGCAGCAACAGCAACAGCAAAGUGGUAAUUACAGUGAUGGGCAAGGCCAGGGACAAGAGACGGAGCGUGAGCGCGAGAUCCGCGAGAUCCAUGAGCGCGAGCGAGAGCGUGAUAGGCAAUGGGAGCGCGAGCAGGAGAACCAGCGGAAUCUAGGAGGCAUGGAGCAGCAGCAACAGCCGUCAUUCAGUACCCGCCAACAGCAACAACAGCAGCCAGCGUCGCCGCAGUAUAUCAAGAGUACGUUCAACUACCAGCAGCACCUGCAGCGGCAGAUUCUCAGUGGGUCGACGUCGCCGCGGGGGAGGCUGGGGUAUCAGCCGCCGCCGCUACCAGCGAGCGUGUUGCAGCAGAGCAAGAAUACGAGCCCGCUGAGCACGAGGGAUAUGUAUGGUAAGCCCAGCGGGCAGGGCGGUGGUGGGAGCGGUAGCAGCGGGAAUGUGGGGACGCUGCCCCACGCGGGGUCGAGUCCGGCACAGCAGCAGCAGCAGUAUGGCGGGAAUCAGUCGCAGUCGCAGUCCCAAUCGCAGUCACAGUCCGCAGAACGGAAGCCUAGUUUUGGAGCUUCACAGAGCCCGAAUGCAGGAGGAGCAGGAGCAUAUAGCAACAAUGCCCCGACAUCGAGCCCGCACAACCCCGCCCAAUCGCCGCCGGUCAACUACAGUGGCGGCUCCCCGCACGGCUCCGGCACCAGCUCCAGACCGCCGGCGAGGAACCUCCCGUACAGCCCGCCACAGGCUGCACAGCCAUCACCGCACAGAGAGCAGGAGAAAGAUAGAAAAAGACAACAGGAGCAGCAGGAGCGGGACUGGGAGCGCGAGCAGCAGCAGAGAGAACUACCACCACUCAAUACCCAACAGCGAGAUCGUGACAGAGAUAGUUACCAUCACCCACACCCACUGCUCACGCCGCUGCCCGACGGUCCUGCACCGCCGCCAGCGCCAAGUGUGCCGCCGCCUGACACGCCCGGCAGCGAGUUCGGCUCGCCGGCUAUGGGUCCAUCGUUCUUGAAGCAGGGCGGGUAUCGAGGCCUUAUUGGGCUGGGGCUGAUGAAGAAGCUGCGCGACACAAGGGAGGAAGGUGAAGGAGGGACGCCGACGGGGUUCUUGGGAAGGAAGAGCCAUAUGAAGAAGAACUCUGACGAGAGAGGAGGUCCGCCGCCGCUCGGAAAGAGGACAGGAAGUGUCGGGAGUGGGCUGGGGAAGGGUGAGCGGCCAGGGAGCGCGGAGGAGGACGAUCCGAUUCCGACAGAGUAUAGGCCGCAGAAGAGGAUCGAUGAGGAGGUCGGUGAGGGUGAGGGGGAGAAGAGAGCAGGAGGAGGGAAGAAGGGCUUGGGCUUGGGGUACUCAUCGACUACAGGGCCGCCGACACAGCAGACAAUCGGGAGUGGCCCACAGUCGCAGUCGCAGUCUCAGAACCAACCUCAGUCACAGUCCCAGAACCAGAACCAGAACCAGAACCAAUCGCAGUCCCAGUCCCAGUCUCAACCUCAAUCCCAAUCUCAGUCCCAACCUCAGCAGUCUCAGUCCCAUUCACAGCCCCAACCGCAUCCUCCCGCCGGAAUCUCUCCCAAGGCCCAACAAGGCUACGGACGACCUCCUCUGCAGUCAAACUCCUCCCAACGGAGUCCCGCAGAGGUCGGACUCGGAAACUACCUCUACUCGAAACCGUCACCGUCGCAGCAGAUGUCUCCAGGAAACUCGUCCAACCCUAACCCACGGUUCCCCGGUGCCAAUCAUAACCACCAUGUCACCUCGCCGCUCUCCGGAGGCGGCAGCGCAGGAUCUGCAACCAGCCCCAACAGCAACAGUGGUGGAAACAUCGGUAACGGUAUGAACACUGGAAGCACCAGGGAGAGCGUGAUGCGAGGUCAGUGGGCAGACACCACUGCUGCCGUUGCACGCCCAGUCCAGCAGCAGGAGCAGCCGCAGCCUGGGUGGUUCGACAACAGCCAGCAGAGGGUUGCGAGCGGUGGAAGCCAGCCCAGCAUCCCGCAAGGACCACCGCCAGGACCACCGCCGCCGCCACAGCACCAGCAGAAUACCUACGAUGGUGAUAGCGGGCCCUUCAAGGCAUUUACGCAGAACCUCCAGAAGCCGCUACUGUCGCAGCAGCAGACCAUGGCGGCACAGAACCUGCAGCAACAGGCGAGAAGAGUGCGGGUGCACUCGCCGCCGAACUUUAUGGAUGAUGAUGAGACCGAUGACCAGGGCACGAAUCCGAGCGAGAGCGCGACGCCAGAGCCGAGGAUGAUGGGCAAUCAACCCCCCCGCGUGGGGUCUGAUGAGGAGGUGUUGUAUCAUGGUCUGCAGGAUCUGCUGCCACAGCUCCCGGCGGAGCAUAUCCAAAGCCUGCUCACGUUUGCGUUGUAUCUGUGCGACGAUGCCGCGGUUGCGGAGAAGGCAAACAAUGUGCAUUUGACCGGAACUGGGGAUCUCGGACACCAACUUGCGGUGAUCCGGGAGAAGAGGUUGAGGAGGUGGAAGGAGUGGGUCGGCGCCGAGGAGAUGGAGAGAGGGAGACAGGUCGGGUUGACACCUGGCCAUAAUAUCAAGAAGAAGGAUAGCGGAGACUCGAAUCCAUUUGAUCGUGAUAGUAGUGACGACGAGGAUCGCGAGGAAGGCGGUCUGGGCUAUGAAGGGAUGCAGCCGCUUCCUCCGCCACCAAGAUUGCCGGAGAUUGAGAACUUGGAUCUCAAGGCCGCCGGAAUGGACGCAUUUGGCGGCAGACAGCACGGGUACCAGCAACAACAACACCACCACCAGCAGCAGCAUCACCAGCACCAACAGCACCGCGGUAACUACGACCUCAGAUCCGAGCAGACUCCAAGCCCGACACCGACCAUCGACCAAGUUGCAAAUGCACCCAAGGUCGACCUGGAGCUGCAGAUGCCCAGGCCCGUUCCCAGCGUCCCUGCAAUCCGUAUCGACCCCAGUGCCAGAAGAAGACUAUACGACGACGACGCCUCUACAGUAGUCAGUGAAGCCCAAUCCAAGGGCGGCGACAAUGAGCAAAUCGGCCAGCCAGGGGCGACACCAUUUCCGGUCGGCUACAAGGGACCUGGCGGCGACUACGGCCGCGAGAUCCGGCCCAUCGAUACAAAGCCGCUGUCUGCGAUCAUUGGCAUCUUCAACAGGGGUAGUGGCGGAAACGGCGACAACGGAAUCGAUCCGCCAAGCUCUGCCGAGAUUCCCCAGUUCCUGCACAUGGCGUAUGCUGCGCUCGAUACGGCCAUGAACAGCCCUAGCCUUGACACAUAUCUCAGCGAGGCAAGGCGUGCCCUGGAAAACCAGACGAGCCAGCGGCUGCACCAGUUCCAGAACGAGAGCCACCAGCGGAGACAGAGGACGCAGGCGCAGACGGCACAGCUGUACAAUACCGGCAGAUUCACGUUUGCUGAUAUCGAGCGCAUGCGAGACGAGUUUGAGCAGGAGGAGGCGAGGCGCAAGAUGGAGGUUGAUACGGAGAUCUACCACAUCUUUGAGAACGAGUACGUCGAGGUUGCAUACAAGGAUGUCAAGGGUCAGCUUGAAGUUCUCGGCGGGAAAUGGUAUGAGGAGGUCAAGCUCUGGCUUCUUACCGCGUCGUCCCGGCAGAGCAGCACCGAGGGUACGGCACUUGAAUAUCAUCUCCUCCUAGAAGCUAUUGAUCUCCUAAAUAAGCUUCAUAUCACGAUGGAGGAGCAUGAGCACGUUCUCCAGUCCCUUGUGUCGGACCGCAAUGCAAGGUACUUGCAGGUUUCGGUGCAGCCGCUUUUGUCGGUGGGUGAGACGAUCAGGGCUGCGGAUGCGGAAAGAAGGUUCUGGCUAGAUGAGAGCGAGAGACAGUUGAGAGGCAAGAUGGAGGCGGUGAAGAGAGGAAAAGAGCACGAGAAGGGCGUUGAGAGAGUCGUUGGGGAGGUGGUGAAGGGCCUCAGGAGUAGGUUCCGAGUCGUUGUCGAUGGUGUAUAUGCCGUGAUAUUCCAAUUCCCCCCGAGUGUCUUGCCCCAACUCUUCCGCCGUUUCUUCGACGACAACGCCGGCGCAAUCAACUCCCCCGGCCUUCCCCAAGAACACAACAGCUCCCCCGCCUCCUCAUUCUAUGUCAUCUCCAAGGAGGUCCUACAAGCCAUGGUCGACGCUGUGCAAACACUCGGCGAGAUCGUCGGUCUCAUCAAGCUCGCCAUGGACUUCCAGAACGCGCCACAGAUCCGCGUCUGCGAAGCCACCACCGCCCUUCAAGUUGCCGAAGAGCACGCUCACAACAGCGGCGUCACCGCGCCUGCCGCAACCGCCGAAGCAUGUUCCCAGGGGCUCGCCCUCCGUCUUCCGGCUGCGCUCAAGCGCGCCCGCGAGGAGCAGAUCGAAAUGGGCGAGAAGGCGAUGGGCGAGAUGAUGGAGACACUGCGGAAGCUGCAGAACUUCCUGACUACCGUCAGUGCGAAGGGGGGUAGGAUCGAUUUUAUGGGUGUGGCACCGCCGCCGAUGGCGCAGAGCCAGAGCCAACAGAGCCAGAGCCAACAGAGCCAGCAGAGUCAUCAAAGCCAUCAAAGUCACCAGAGCAACCAGAGCCAGCAGCAUACGCCGCAGCAGCAGCAUCAGCACCAGCAUGGGGGACAGCAGCUGCCGAAUCUCCCGAUGCCGCCGAUGGUACAAGUCGGUCAACAACAGAACUGGAAUGGCGGGUCGGGAGAGGGUGAGUGGGGGUAUGGUAGAGGUGGCGGCGGCGGUGGUGGGUUGGGCGGUGUAGGACUCGGUGGUGGACAGUCGGGUCUGAGUACAAUGAUUGGUGGGCUUCGAUCGGGACAAAUGAGAGGCGGCGGAGCAAACAGUUUACUGAUCUCGCCAGGGAGCUAUGCUCCUAGUGGAUACUCGCCCAACGCCGGAGCCAGAUUAGAUUAUCGUGAUGUGUCAUGGGAUAUGGCUCGUUGA